CAAAUAACAGUUCUUAUUUUAUUUUUUUGUUUAUUUCUUUUAGUCUUUUUAUAAUAUUUUUUAAAUGAAGUCUUUUACUAUCGAAGUUGGUCCUGAACAGCCUAAUGGUGGACGUAUUAGAAGAUCCAUUUUUGCGCCUGAGGGGUUAACCCGAGUUCCAAAUAAUAAUGUUCAUACACUUUAUGAUGUUCUAUAUCAUAGUGCUAAAAAAUAUCCUGAACGUAAAGGGUUCGGAUUUCGUAGAGUUGAAAAAAUAGUAGAGGAGGAGAAAGAGGUAUCAAAGUUUGUUGAUGGAGAAGAAAUUAAAGAGAAUAAGACAUGGAAUUAUUUUCAACUAUCAGGAUACCAUUAUUUAACUUAUAAGGAAGCUUCACGCUUAACUCAUGAUAUUGGUGCUGGACUUCUUCAAAUUGGGCUUAAAGAAAAGUCCAAAAUAGAAAUAUUCUCUUCGACAAACAUGUAUUGGCUUCUUACUGCUCAUAGUGCUUUUACUCAAAACAUGACAAUUGUUACUGCAUAUGAUACUUUAGGCGAGGAAGGUUUACUUCAUUCAAUGAAUGAGACCGAAGUAGAAGCUAUCUAUACCACAUCUGAUCUAUUACCUACUGUUCAAAAAGUUGCUAACAAAUGUCCCUCACUCAAGUGCAUUAUUUAUAGCGGGGAAAUUAAAGCUGAUGCGUUUUAUAAAAUUAAAGCAGCUGUAACUCAAAGAAUAUUUUCUUUAGAUGAGAUUGCUAAGUUAGGUAGAGAAAAUCCAAGAGAAGCUAGACAGCCUGAACCAGAAGAUCUUUGCUGUAUUAUGUAUACUUCCGGAAGCACAGGAAAUCCUAAAGGUGUUAUGUUGUCACAUAAAAACAUAGUGGCUGCUAUUGCUGCUUGUCAUACCAUUCUUGGACAUCUUGUAACAGAUCAUGAUAGUAUGAUAGCCUACCUUCCACUGGCGCAUGUAUUAGAAUUUGUUGUCGAAAAUGUUUGUGUAUACUGGGGAAUAACUCUUGGAUAUGCAUCUGUGCGUACAUUAACAGAUACAUCAGUUCGUAACUGUAAAGGUGAUAUUAAGGAGUUUAGACCAACAUUAAUGACUGGUGUACCUGCUGUAUGGGAAUCUAUUCGUAAAGGAAUUCUUGCAAAAAUCUCAACAACUUCUUCAAAAGCACAAAAAAUGUUUCACAAAGCAUACACCACUAAAGCUUGGUUACUAGAACGCCAUCUUCCUACAGGAUUUAUAGAUAAAGUUGUAUUUAAUAAGAUCAAAGACCAAGUAGGAGGUCGACUUCGAUUUGCUUUAUCUGGAGGAGCACCAGUUUCUGUAGAAACCCAAAAAUUCUUAUCUGUUACGCUUUGUCCAAUUUUAGGUGGUUUUGGUAUUAUGUGUUGCGUGAUGACACCUGAACAAUUCGCCUAUGGUGAAGUUGGGGCACCUGUUCCGUGCUGUGAAAUUAAGCUUGUUGAUGUCCCUGACGCAAAUUAUUUUUCAACAAAUACAAAGCCUCAAGGUGAAGUCUGGGUUCGAGGUCCUGCUAUCACAAAAGGGUAUUGGAAACGUGACGAUAUCACUAAAGAAACAAUUACUGAAGAUAACUGGUUACAAACAGGUGAUAUUGCUGAAUGGAAUGAAAACGGAACGCUGACUAUCAUUGACAGAAAAAAGAAUUUAGUUAAAUUGAAUAAUGGUGAAUAUAUUGCACUUGAAAAACUGGAAUCAAUAUAUAAGAGUUGUAUUUAUGUCCUUAAUAUCUGUGUAUACGCUGAUUCUUUAUUCCCUAAGCCAGUUGCUUUAGCCGUUGUGUCCGAACCUGUAAUUCGUAAAUUAGCUAGUGAAAAAAAAGUGACCGAGACAGAUUUCAAGGCAUUAUGCCAGGAUGAGACUAUAAAGAAGACGAUUCUUAAAUCACUUAUUAAUCAAGCCAAAGAGGGCGGCCUAAAAGGGUCCGAGCUUCUUUUUGAUGUACACUUAUGUGAUGAUGAAUGGACCACUGACUCGGGAUUAUUGACUGCAGCACAAAAGAUUAAACGACCAGAGAUUACUAAAAAAUUCAAGGCUGAAUUAGAUGCUAUGAAUGCUAAACAAAAGAGUUAAACUCUAUUAUUCUAUUCUACUUAAAAGAUAUGAACAUAUAUUCAAAUAAAGAUAUAUAACAGUAAAAAAAAAAAAAAAGAA